AGCAACGAAUGUGCCGAUAGAGCACUGAAUACCUGCGAUGAAAACGCGGACUGCAUCGAUACACAGGAUUCUUAUACCUGCCAGUGCUAUCCAGGCUUUGUCGAUGUUUCUUCUAGUGCCAACCUACAGCCUGGAAGGGUUUGUACGGUACAAACAACUUGUCCAAAGCAAAAAACAGAUCUCAUGUUUCUGAUCGAUGGAUCCGGCUCUAUCGGCUCAUAUGUCUUCAAAAAUGAGGUUUUACGAUUCGUCAAGGAAUUUGUGGAACUGUUUGAUAUUGGCCUGGAUAACACUCGUGUCGGCUUGAUACAGUAUUCGGAUCAGAUUAGGCACGAAUUUGAUCUGAGCCAAUUUACCGACAAGGCAUCUGUUGUCAGUGCGCUUUCGCAGGUUCAGUACCUAACAGGUCUCACAAGGUGA